UGCAGCAUCCACUAAGUCCACGACGACACUGUUUGCCGUCUUUACUGUUCUAUAACGACGACGGUCAGUGUUUGCUUUUUUCGGUGUCUCGUAACGACGACGAUUAGUGUUUGCUUUCUCAUUUUACUGUCGAGCAUCUUGGUAGAACAAUGUUAUUUAUAAUGACAACAGAAUUAACUUGUUAAAUAUCUACGUGAUAAAGUAUACCGUUUUUACGCUGAUGAACAUGAUGCUGUUGCUAGGUUUUUCUUUAGCUACACUGGUCUUCAGUCUCACCUCUGGUGAUUUUUCUUUGGCUAACGAUAAAAUUACCUGCAAGCCUGAAGACUGUUACGAUAUCCGGCGUCAGGGGUUUUAUGAGAGCGGUGUGUACAUUAUCUGGCCUCGCUACUUUAAUCGACCUGUCCAGGCUUACUGUGACAUGAUUACCGAAGGAGGAGGGUGGACUGUUCUCCAGAGGAGAGAUGACAUUGAGCCCAGAAAGGAUUUCUACUUAACCUGGGAAUACUAUAAACACGGGUUUGGAAACAUAACACAAGAAUUUUGGAUAGGUAACGAACUAUUUUUUGCAUUAACAAAUAAAGGAGAUAUGACUCUUCGAGUAGACAUGGAAGCAUUUGAUGGGGAGAAAAAAUAUUCCAGGUAUUCAAAAUUUCUUGUGAGGAGCGAAAGAGAGCUAUACAAAAUGACAAUCGGCUCUUAUCAAGGAAAUGCAGGUGACUCUCUUUCUUACCACAACGAAACUCGGUUCUCCACCAAAGAUAGAGAUAACGACAACUCGUCUUCUAAUUGUGCUGUAAGUCGAUUUGGCGCAUGGUGGUUCAGAGAUUGUGCACAUAGCCAUCUGAACGGUGUCUACACGUCUGGAGGAAAAACUGAGGCUAAUGACCACGGCGUAUUCUGGUAUAAUUUCAGAAGCGAUUGGAAGUUUUCACUGAAAAGGUCUGAGAUGAAGAUCAGGCCUGAAUUUUAGAUGGUGCUGAAGCUGAGAACAUCAAGUUAAUAUGGACUAAUUUUAAAAUGGAAGUUUAUAAUUUUGAUCAAUCAUCACAAAGUUUUCUGUUUGGGUUUUAUUUAGGUUGCCUUUUAUUACAUGACAUGCCAAGAUCAUUUUAACCCGUGAAAUAAAUAUACUAAUUGUGUAUAAAAAUUUAUGUUUAAAAACAGGGAAGAAACAACACCAUGUUUAUCUCUUUACAUUUAACACUCAGGUUACUGACGUGUUUUAUACAGUUCACUGCAGGUGGGGAUCUAGAUUUUGCAUCGUACUAAGUAAUUUAAUGUUUUUGCCUAUUACAACACAGAUUGUAAAGAACUGGCCAACAGAAAUGGAGUAAAAUCACUCUUUUGUUUAUGUAAAAUACAUAGGGAAUUCCAGCAGUAAUUUAAAUUAAAUAAUUAUAAUAUUGACGGCAUAUUUGUCUGGAUGUUUUGUGUGACUCGUGUAACCAACGGAUACACAAGUUUAAAAAAAUCAAUGGGUUGGGCAUCGCCGAUACUUUUUUGGUUAAAUGCGAAGACGUGUUGGUUCGUGAGCUGUUUACGACUUAUGCAAAUGAAGCAGAGAAUCAACACUGGAUACAUGAUCAUCACUGACAAUAUUCCUACGAUGUGUGCUGUUUGUUAACCGGUAUUCGAAUUUAAAAUUCACAAUAAAAUUUAGAUAGAUGUUAAUUAAAACGAUGAAUAAAAUAGGUGUUUAUUAUGUCAGGUUUAUUUGUUUUUCAUGGUGAUGAAUAUAAAGUUUUCAAUAAUACAUCAUGUCAUUGUUGCUGUCAAAUUACAAAAGUAUAAAAAUAAAUUAAGAGGUGAUAUCUUAUGUUUUCUAAACUGCUAAUAUUGUUGAUUUAUAAUUAGAUAAAUAUUUACAGUUUUGAC